CACCCGAACCAACUCCAUCUUUUUUCCACCAUGUCAUCAGUGAAGGCGUCAUCCUUUGCUGCCAUAAAAACGCGCCGCUCGUUGGCCUUGCCCAAGGCAACAGCUACUUCAGCAAUCACCAUCUUGCAGUCGUCGUCCUCUUCGUUCCCCAUAUCUUGAAAUCCACCCUUCCCCUCAUCGAUCGUGGUGGAUUCAAGAUGUAUCUCUUCCUUUUCGUGUUGUCAGGUGUCCCAUCGCUUGUCGCUUACUGGGCCUUGGCUUCUAUGUAUGGCGCAUGCAAAAAUCUGAAAGUAAGCAUAUCCAGGGGUAUAUCGAAAUCAAGGACACGGAGCUCUCUAGGCUGUACAAGGGAAAGGACAAAAUUCCCGUACAGGUCUUCCACGAUGCGUACUAUGACGGCAAGGAUGAAUUCAAGGGUUUGUCCUUCACUUUCAUGCCCCAUCUUAACGUUUGACUUUUGUACAGGCGAUAUGUUCGAUAUUUUGGAACAACGUCACGACUGGGCCAAGUUCUCGUUUACUCCAGAGCUCUUCAAGCAUGUAUUUACGAAGCUGAUUCCCUCUCAUUCUCGGGAGCAGGAGCAGGAUCAAGUUCAAGACCAUUACGACCGCGAUGAUGACUUUUACGGAUGGUAUAUCUCACCGCACCUUGAUCUUCUGACAUCCUAAUACACGUUCGUCUGGGGAGGUGCUUUCAAGAACGCUUCCAGGGUGUCGAUGGCUGCACAUAUA